UUUAAUUGCAAUUGAAGGCACGUCGCCGCUCGGUUUUUUGUGAGUGUCGGUGUUCAGGGUACUUGACUGACUGCCUGCCUGUGUGCAGUGUGUUUGUUGUGCUUGUGCUGGUUGUUGAAAUCCGCGCGAAUGUAAUUCGAUCUCAGUUCGUCCCCGUGAUCUAUUCAUAGAUCGGCUUAUCACUUGAGGGCGCCAACCGCGACCUCUGACCCACAGGCCGUAAAACUCGGCAAGUCGGCAACUCGGACUCGACUCAACGAUGCCAAAGGCAGCCUGCCUUGUGGAAUGGCCCCCGGCAUAAGAGUGAUAAGGCUAACUAGUGGCUAACCACUCUGAGCUGCGUAAACUAAAGCCCCCCCCUCGUCUCGGCCACAGCUUAAGCUUCUGCCCAAAAGUCGCUUCUGGCUGAUGGUUACGUCAAUUCCAAUCCGCGUUCGAGUUCUCGUGCAGUUCUUACCUUGAAUGCUGAGCGAUGAGGUCGUGGCCCGUCCUUUUCUGGCUGCUGAUCCUGGCUCUCCUGGCGGCUGGAAAUGGGGCCGAGUCCCAGCUUCGGAUCGGCAAGGCCAUCAAUUUGUUCCUGCGUUACGGAUACUUUAGUAUCUCCAUGCGGGUGAUACCGUAUAAUGAUAGCCCGGAAUCGGCCCGGUGGUUGUUUAGGGAGCCCACGAGGAACUUAUACAGGAAUCUGAGUGGCCUGGUGGAUAGUCACGAGGACACCACGCCCGGGAUCUUUCACGGAGACUUCCACAUGGAGUUCUGCGAGAACCGAAGGCAAUUGUUCCAGGCCUAUUUCCGGGAUUUCACCAUCGAGCGGUUGGACAAACCAUGGGAGGCGUUUUCGGGCGGAUGGUUUCCGGAUAAUGCGGCCAAGAAGCUGGGCAUCAAUGCGUCUUUUCUCGUAGGCGACUACUCGUAUGUUUUGGUGCGGGUGGUGCGCUUCAGGGAAACAGGACGACUGAAAACCGAAAUACCCGCUCACCAGCCAUUGGAGCCGGAUGUGAUAUCAGGAAUGGAUAGAAUCAAAAUCGGGAACAUAACUUCCGCAGUGCGAUUUAUGGAGGAGGUGGGCACCCACUACGUGAACUCGUACACCACCGGCAAUUCGCUGUACCAGGUGUUCGUGUACAACCGCAAGAACUACAGCAUGAUCAAGGAGCGGAUCAAGAGCAAGGGUCUGAACGGGCUCUCCAAGCUGGAUCUGUACAAUUACUUUGCACCCUGGUUCGCCGAGCAAAUUGGGUUUAUUCGAUCGGCCAGUGGUAAUGCCACCGUGGAGCGAUGGGCGAGAAGGAAGCUGCACUACGAGUACUAUGUGGUGAGGUACGUCACCCUGCUGAAACUGCAUGGCAAUAGUACGCUCCUGCGAUCCCUGGACGCGCUACUCGGCAACGAGGCCAUCCUGCAGCUGGACCUCAAGGCCCUCAAUCACGUUUUCCGCGAGCAGCCGGAAAAGGAGAGCUGGUUCCACGAGGUGCUCGACAACAAUAUGAAGCUCUGGGAGCUCAACAUGCCGGAGAGUUAUAUUCGAUGAUUUUUUAGUUAACUUGUAAAGAAGAUAUCUCUAAAGUGAUAUCAAAUUUUAAUUUUAUUCCGUGCGAUAACCGGCGGGCAAGGAUCAAUAGUUCCUAGACGCUUAGUUGUAGUUAAAGUUCUGCCUGUGAUAGUUUUAGGUAGUUUAAUUGAACCAGAGUACACAUCCGACUUGCAUUUCAGCUGACUUAGCUCCUAAGAUUGCUUUUUUAUAUACUGUAAUUAUACUGAUCAAAGUCGA